GCCAAAGUUGCCUCGUGAUUAAGGUUCCUGCCUCAGGAUCCCACAGAUCGGAGAACUUUCCUCCGGGAGUGACUCAAUCGCGAGGGCGUUGGCCUCUAUUGAUGAAAUCUCUGUUCGUAUCUCUCAAGCAAUUCACGUUGAUUUGCCGAUAGAAGUAACUAUAGAGAUCCACCGUCGUGAAGACCGAGUCAUCAGCCAAGCAAAGACGAAUUGUCCAAGUUCGGCUGCACGGUGUGUGUCCUCCGCCUGGGAUUGGAUUCAGACUGUGGACUGAUUGAUCUUCCGCUUUUUAGUCUGGUGGAUAUAAAUUGACAUUCCACCCAGCUUUCUUCUUGCUAGCGAUCGUUUAGAGAACAUCCAUAGACUAUAGACGCAAAAAUGCCUCCCGUUAUUCAUUGCGUGCGCCAUGCUCAGGGCUUCCACAAUCUCUGCACAGAAAACCAUGUCAUUCGCGACCCCCUCCUCACCGACCUGGGCAAUGAACAAUGCCGCAAACUCACCGAGAAUUUCCCUUUCCAUGACAAGAUCGAUCUCGUAACUGCUUCUCCUCUCCGUCGUACCAUCUACACCGCAUUGCAGGGUUUCGGACCUGUUUUCGAAGCGCACAAGGACACGAAAUUGCUUCUCCUCCCCGACGUGCAAGAAACUAGCGAUGUUCCUUGCGACACGGGUAGCGACCCCGUUGAUUUGCUAAAGGAAAUUGAGGAGAAUGGAUUGCCUGUUGACCCAACAUUGGUGCAUGAGGGAUGGAACAGCAAGACUGGUCGGUAUGCCCCGACUCACGCUGCGAUUAGAAAGCGAGCUCGCGAGGCUAGACGGUGGUUGAAGGCGAGACCUGAGAAGGAGAUCGUUGUUGUGACCCAUGGUGGAUUCUUGCAUUAUUUCACUGAGGAUUGGGAAGAUAGCAGCCAGUACCAAGGAACGGCUUGGGUUAACACCGAAUACCGUACUUACGAAUUCUCGUCUGAUGUCCACAAGACUGAUGUGGAAGGCCACGAACUUGAGGGCGAGGACGCAACUUUGGUUGAGACUAUCUCUUCGCGCGAACGUCGUGGCAAAGAAGGCCCGGCACCUGACCGGGAGACUCAGAAGGCUCUGUACAAGAAAGGAACCCAGGGGUGGGAUGACCAGGGCUUGCAAUUGAGCACGGCUGAACGUGAAGCGGCCAAGGUUCCAGAGGGCAAAGAAGUUGAUGGUGUCCGUGUAUGAGCUGUUGGAAAUAUCCCCUCCCUGUUUGAUAUCUUUUUUUGUAGAUAGUGUUGGAUGCUUUGUUCAUGGUCUCAUAUAAAGAAAUAGAACGGCUGCGUCCUUGUCAUUGUGGCGAAAGA